UUCAUUAAUUCAUUCAAAUUGAUCCGAUUAAUCCUUUUUGAUUUGAAUUGCAACGAAUCAAUUAAUCAAAGUGAUUAGUGUAAUGGAAAACCAUUCAUUCUACUUUCAUGAUGAUCAUCAUCGUCAACAUGAUGUUGAUGUCCAAUCAACAUUCAAAAACGAAAUGCGAAAACAACUUGUUUUCAUUACCAAUCCAAUGGAAAAAUGUAGCAAUAAUAAUAAUGUGGAUGAAAGCAAAUUGACCGACUAUAGUCAUCAUGAAAUGUUUGCUCAAUUUACCAAUGAUAAUAAUAAUAGCAAUAAUGACCAUAAUCCAAUGAAUAUUCAUCAUAAUAAUCUCAAGUUGAGAAAAGAUACGACCAUCGUUGAUCAUCAUCGCUACAAUCGAUAUAGUAUCGAUGAAAUACUUGGUCUCAAAUCAUCAUCAUCAUCGUCGUCGAAAGCAAAAUUUAUCACGACCAAACAACAUUGUAACCACUACAAUUAUCAUUUAAAUAAUAACGGUAAUGGUCAUCAGAACAAUAUUAGCCGUUUGGAUAAUAAUAACGGUAACGGCAUUGUCAAUCAAACAGAUUCCGAUCAUGAUGAUGAUGAUGACGUUGAUGUAGAAUUUGGUCCGAGAAACGGACUGUCCGAUGAUGAGGGGGAUGAUGGUAAUGAAUCAAUGUUGAGCAAUCCAGAUUCGAAUGGAACUCACGGAACGAGCAGUAACAGCAAUAAUAAUAACAAGAAAAAACAUCGCCGUAAUCGUACAACAUUUACCACAUAUCAACUGCACGAAUUGGAACGUGCAUUUGAAAAAUCGCAUUAUCCGGAUGUUUAUAGCCGAGAAGAAUUGGCGAUGAAAGUAAACCUACCCGAAGUGAGAGUCCAGGUUUGGUUUCAAAACCGAAGAGCCAAAUGGAGACGACAGGAAAAAUUGGAUGAUCAUAGUUCCUAUCGAAAUCUUGAUCUAAGUCCAACCACCACCGCCACCACUAUUGCAACUUGUGGAUUAUCAUCAUCAUCGUUGUCGCCACCGUUACAGCAAUUAGCACCACCACCAUCUCGGUCUUUAUCAUCAUCAUCUGGUCGUUUGCCAAUCGUUUCGAUUUCGAAAGCAGCAGCAGCUUCUUCGCCGUUUAAUCCAAAUCAUUUCCUGAUGGGUCCCAAUAUUGGAGUGCCAUCUUCACCAUUACUAACAAGCUCACCGUUUGCAACCAGUUUGGAUUCUUGGUUGGCUGCUGCAGCAGCGAUUGGAUUGACAUCAUCAACGACCACGACUGCAGCACAACAAUCUACCACCACCACCACCACCUCAUCAUCAUCCUCAUCAUGUCAUGGUGAUCCAUUUUCUCAAAUGAUGUUUAGUUCAUCACCAUCAUUCUAUGUAAAUUACUCUAAUUACAUAACGCCGCCGCAUCCUCCUGGAUUCGAUCAGCAACAACAAUCAUCGGCCAAAUCCAGUUUGAUGAUACCUCUAUUGUCGGAUCCCGAAUUGGCCAAAUCCAAAUGUAAAGGGAUGGACGGCUCCGAUGAUGACGAUCAAAGCCCGAGCAAUAAGAAAUUGCUGAACAGCCCUUCAACUAGUCCGUUAAAUUUAUCCAUUUCGAAUGAAUGUGAUUCGAAAAUCGAUCAACAAACAUGCCAAUAUUCACAAGCAUCAUCAUCAUUAUUAAUGUCAAUCAAAAGUGAAAAAAGAAUGAUUAAUCAAAUGAAAUCGGAAUAAAUCUAAUUUGAA